AUGAUUCAAGGUUUGGACGACAAGUUGGUCUACACCUUUGAUGCAGAGACUCUGUGGAUUGAGCCAUGGGGGCCAAACGCCAUUCGAGUCCGCUCCACUCGCUCGCGGCAGAUCCCUGACCAGAAUUGGGCGUUGCUCAACCAGCCUUCGACAUCGGCAAUCAUCAACGUUCAGUCCAACGGGACGGGCGUGAUACAGAAUGGCAAGAUUCAAGCAAGCCUUUCAGAGACUGGGAAAAUCCAAGUACAGAACUCCAAAGGAAAGCUUCUAUUGCAGGAGUAUGUCCGCAACCGGAAGGAUGUGAAGGAUCCCAAGUGCAGUGCCAUCGAGGUGGAGGCACGAGAAUUUCGACCCAUCCUGAACAGCGAGAGCUUCCAUCUGACAGCUCGAUUCGAGAGCGUCAGUACGGAGGAAAUGCUGUUCGGUAUGGGACAGUACCAGCAGCCCUUCCUCGACCUCAAGGGGCAUCAGCUAGAACUCGCCCAUCGUAACUCUCAGGCGAGCAUUCCCUUUCUGGUUUCAUCACUAGGCUACGGGCUUCUCUGGAAUAAUCCCUCAGUGGGCAGAUGCUUUCUUGGCCGGAACAUCAUGUCUUUCGAAUCUGAGUCCACCACUACCCUGGACUAUUGGGUCGUUGUUGGCGAUACCCCUGCCGAUAUUGUUGAGACGUACGCGGCCAACGUCGGAAAGGUGCCCAUGAUGCCCGAGUAUGGUCUGGGAUUUUGGCAAUGCAAGCUCCGGUACCAGACACAGGAAGAAUUGCUUCAGGUGGCUCGCGAGUACAAGCGCCGCGAGCUGCCGAUUGACCUGAUUGUCAUCGAUUUCUUCCACUGGCCGCUCCAGGGAGAUUGGCGGUUCGAUCCAACCUACUGGCCAAAUCCAGCUGCGAUGGUCAAGGAGCUGAGGGGAAUGGGGAUUGAGCUAAUGGUCAGUAUAUGGCCCACGGUGGAUAAGCGGAGCGAGAACUACCGCAAAAUGUUGGAGAAAGGGUUUCUCAUCCGCACCGAUCGAGGAGUCCGUACGGCGAUGGACUUUCAAGGAGAUACCAUACACUUUGACGCAACUCACCCAGGUGCGCGAGCAUACGUCUGGGAGAAAUGCAAAACAAAUUAUUACGAUUAUGGCGUCCGUGCCUUCUGGCUUGAUGAAGCAGAGCCAGAGUACAAGGCCUAUGACUUUGAUAAUUAUCGAUACUACCAAGGACCAAACACAGCAAUUGGAAACAUCUAUCCACUAGAAUAUGCACGGGCAUUCUACGAGGGGAUGGAACAGGCUGGGCAAAAGAACAUCGUGAACCUGGUCCGGUGCGCUUGGGUGGGCAGCCAAAAAUACGGAGCCCUUGUGUGGAGUGGCGAUAUUGCUUCAUCUUGGGAAAGCUUUCAGCACCAACUUGUUGCAGGCCUCCACAUGGGAUUAUGUGGCAUUCCGUGGUGGACAACAGAUAUUGGAGGUUUCCAUGGGGGCAACCCUUCAGAUAGCAAGUUCAGAGAACUUUUUGUCCGAUGGUUCCAGUGGGCUACGUUCUGCCCAGUCAUGCGGCUGCAUGGAGAUCGGGAGCCCAGGCAGCCUGUUCAGGGCACUACCGGGGGCGCUUCCUGUGCUAGUGGCGCCGAUAAUGAAGUCUGGUCAUACGGGCUCGAGGUAUAUGAGAUUUGCAAGAAGUAUAUGUUGCUGCGGGAGGCUCUACGGGAUUAUACUCGCGGUCUUAUGCGGUCUGCGCAUCUCAAAGGGUCUCCUGUUAUGCGUACGCUUUUUUAUGAAUUCCCGGAAGACCCAGAAUGCUGGAGGAUUGGUACCCAGUACAUGUACGGUGAUAGAUAUCUUUGCUGUCCGGUACUCCAGGAUGGUCAGCGUCAGCUCAAAUCCUACUUGCCUGCACUGAGGAGCGGAAAGUGGGUGCCAUUCCAGAACGACGAUGCUGUGAAAGAGGCAUAUCCUGGUGGACAAUGGAUUGAGAUCUGCGCACCAUUGCAUUGGAUGCCAGUGUUCGAGCGGUCCCAGGUUAAGGAUGCGGUUGUGGUGAAAAUGGGGGAAAUAAAGAAGCCGGGUGCAGAUGGGCUGAGCUUACCUAAAAAGUCUGGUAGGGAGUAUACAAGGUAG